AUGUCGUGUCAGUUCUACCUCGUCGGCGACGAUAUCGCCACGGCGCAAUCGGUGGACGUCGAUGCGCGCUGGAAGUUUGAAGAUCUGCAGCGCGCGGUGGGCAUCGUCUUCCACGUCGCGCAGCCAACUGGCAGCUACUACGAGAUCUUCCCCGACCACCUGGGCAACCACUACCGGCUCUUCCGGAAAUACGGCCCCGUCAUCAAAACAACCAACAUGGGCAAAACAACCUACCUAACCGACAGCCCGCAAGUCGCAGCCAUCGCGCUCGCCGAAUCCGCCUACAUGACCAAGAACAUCAACCCCAGCCACCCCCUCUUCGGCGUCAAAGACAACACCGCCAUCUUCAUCGGCGACACCGAGACCGAGAACUGGCGCCUCGCCCACAAGUACCUGCCCCCCGCCAUGGGCCCCCGCGCAGUCCGCCACUACACCUCCGUCAUGCAGGACUGCGCGCGCAAGGCCCUCCCCGUCUUCGACGAGCUCGACGCCCGCGACGAAUCCUUCAACGUCUACCAGUUCAUGGUGAAGCUCGCGUCGCAGACAAUCGGCCACUUCUCGUUCGGCAAGGACUUCGGCCACUUCGACGCCGUCGACGCCCCGCUCCACCCGCUCGUCACCAACACCGCCACCCUCCUCUCGCUCAACAAGAAGAUCACCGCCCGCGGCGAAUGGUACCGCCAUCUCCCCUGGGGCGACCCCGCCAAGCUGCGCCAGGUCCAGCACACCAUCUACUCCCAGCUGCAGGAGGCCAUCGACGACGUGGAGGCUUCCCGCGAGGCCGCCGGCACAACCGGCGAUCUCCCCAUGGCGGAAGCCGCCCUCGAGGCCUCCUGCGUCGUGGACUACCUGCUGCGGGCUGUCGACGACAAGGGCGAGCACUUCCCGCGCGGCCUCAUCCUCGCCAACAUGCUGAUCGUCAACGGCGCGGGCUUCACCACCACCUCCGCGCUGCUCUCCUGGCUGAUCUACUGCCUCGUCACGUACGAAGGCACGCAAGACAGACUGUACCAGGAGCUGCAAGAGUACGGCAUCGUGGAUCCCACCAACAACAAGCGCAACGAGACGACGUGGGACCCCGACCUCGCCCACAGCAUGCCCUACCUCGACAAAUUCGUCAAAGAGACGCAACGCCUGCACAACGCGUCCUUCCAGCCCGGCCGCACCACCAAGACAGACGUCGUCCUCCCCGGCGGCUACCGCCUCCCGCCAGACAGCGUGAUCAUCCCCGCGCUGUACGCCAUCCACACCAACCCAUCCGUCUGGCGCGAUCCGUUCCGCUUCGACCCCGACCGCUGGGACUCCGAGGAGGUGAAGGGGCGGCAUCGGUGCGCUUAUAUCCCGUUUGCGACGGGGCCGAGAGGCUGUAUCGGGUUUAAUUUUGCGCUGCUGGAGGUGAAGAUCUUGUUGAGUGAGUUGGUCAGUCGGUAUGAGUUUGUGAGGGAGGGCUUGGAGGCUAUUGAUUAUGAUCCUGAGUUUCAGCUUAUUCGGCCGUUGAACUUUUAUGUGCGUGCUAAGAGACGGGUUUGA